AUGCAACGUCGAUGCAUCGCGUGGAACUCGCUUGCUGCAACGUCGGCGCUUGUGCGCUCGUCGCGGCGUGGGUACUACGACAAGAUUCGCGAGGAGCGCGAGGGCAGCGACGACGGCCCUGCGGCGAUGUACCACGAGUUUCCCAAAAAUCCGUCGCCGAAUCAUGUGCCGGAGGAACUUCGCAAGCUGAAUCCUGAAGCUGUAGAGGACGCCGAAAGUUUACAACGUUGGUUUUUGUUGGUCUCCGUCGGGAUCGUGUCGGCCCUCUGCUUUAGCGGCUUUAUGGACCCAUUUGGGGGGGAGUACCGACGUCCAAAAGGCUACGGCAUGCACGGUGGUGAGAGUCUGGGGCCGGAUGGGACGCCGCGGUAG